UGAUUUGGUGUGGCGACCCCUGACCCCUGUGGCAUUUGGAUUUAAAAAUGGGAAGUUAAAUAGCAUAAAUAAAAAAAUGAAUGCACAAAACUUUAUGAGCUUGAUUUUCUGUGUUAUUUCCUGUUUACUGCAGAAGUCAGUACAGUUUUUUUUUAAUUGUCCAGGUGUUAUUUAUUUUUUUGUCAGAUGGGGUUAGUUCUUUUAUGAUUUGUUGUGAACAUGCACAUAUUUAAUUGUUUUUGUACAUAUUUAAUUAGUUAAAAUUACUUGAAAAAUCUCAGAAUGAAUCCACCAGUAAGUCCAUUGACAUGAAAAACUUUCCCAAGUCCAAUCAGAGAUUUCAGCACCAGGGACAGCUCUCCUUGCAAUUUCCUCUCCAUCCAUCAGGGGGCGAAAUAGCUACACUGUUGGUGUUGUGACGAGCAAACGCGGCAUCAGCAUUGGUAUUUUCCCGCUGUUUUUGUUCAUAUUCAUUUAUUAUUUUGUUUUAUUUUAGAAUAAUAUUGUUUUUUAUGAAUUAUGUGGCCUUUUGGUCUGUUUUUUAUUUCCUACCAUCAGUGAUUCCAGCUGCGCGUGGAGUCUAAACUUUACGGUCAAUCAAGCAGAAAGAGCGGGGCAGAAGAGAGGAAGGCAGACCUGAGUGAAGUGUGGUGGGGGGUGUUCAGUCUUCCAGACGUCAUGGCGGUGGACAGUAGUAAAUGAAGUCAGGGGUUGGAGCUGCACCGAAACACCGACGCCUUAGUUUGCGGGCCAUCGGCGACUCUCCCAGCCGCGCGCUCCUGCGCCUCCACGGGCUUCGGUCUGCGCCGCGCGCCGCUGUGACGCUCCGGUCUGAUGUCUCUGCCUGUCAGGAAUUUCAAGUGUCUCUCUCCGGUCAUGUGCCAGUGUAAGGUCAUCUGCAGCAACCGGACUCUGUCUCUCAUGUUCGGCUGUAAGAAGUACAGGUACCAGGAUGAGGAGACGCCCCCCUUGGAGCACAGUCCAGCACACCUGGCUCAAGGGAAAAGUGCCGAGAUGCUUCACAUGAGUGACAAAAACCUUGCUGCAAUGGAGGCCAUCCAUGGCUACACUCCACACACGCAUAUCUCUCCUGUAAAGCCUGUGUUGAUGUCUACGGGACACACUCCAAUGUACACCUCAGCCGUUUCCACACUGGGAAAUACUCCUCCAGUGGUUGUGAACACUGACACGCUCGACGGCUCCCCAUAUGUAAACGGGACAGAAGGAGAAAUCGAGUAUGAAGAAAUCACUCUGGAAAGAGGUAACUCAGGCCUGGGUUUCAGCAUAGCAGGGGGCACAGACAACCCCCAUGUGGGCGACGACCCCAGCAUCUUCAUCACCAAAAUUAUCCCAGGAGGAGCAGCCGCUCAGGACGGACGGCUCAGCGUCAAUGACUGCAUCCUGUUUGUGAAUGAUGUCGACGUGAGGGAGGUGACACACAGCCAAGCUGUAGAGGCUCUCAAGGAGGCAGGUGCUAUUGUCCGCCUCUACGUCCUCCGCAGAAAACCAGCAGCAGAGAAAGUCACUGAAAUCAAACUCAUCAAAGGUCCUAAAGGAUUAGGCUUCAGCAUUGCUGGAGGGGUGGGAAACCAGCACAUACCAGGAGAUAACAGCAUCUAUGUCACCAAGAUCAUUGAAGGCGGGGCAGCUCAUAAAGACGGGCGACUUCAAAUUGGUGACAAAAUCUUAGCGGUAAACAAUGUGUGUUUGGAGGAUGUGAUGCACGAGGAUGCGGUGGGGGCUCUGAAAAACACAGCCGAGGUGGUGUACCUCAGGGUGGCCAAGCCCAACAACCUCUUCCUAACCAACUCCUACAACCCUCCAGACCUCACCAGCACAUAUUCCCAUAUGGACACUGAACUCAGCCACCCCAAUUAUCUUGGAUCCGAUUACCCACAAGCCCUCACUCCAACCUCGCCAAGUCGGUUUUCUCCUGUUCUGCAUGGCUUGAUGGGAGACGAUGACAUCCCGAGAGAACCUCGCCGGAUUUUGAUCCACAGAGGCUCCACAGGUCUGGGAUUCAACAUUGUUGGAGGUGAGGAUGGAGAGGGCAUCUUCAUCUCCUUCAUCCUGGCUGGAGGGCCAGCAGACCUCAGCGGGGAACUUCACAAAGGCGAUCAGAUCCUCAGUGUAAACGGCGUGGAUCUGCGUAUGGCCACACACGAGCAGGCCGCUGCCGCACUGAAGAACGCGGGCCAGACUGUAACCAUCGUCGCUCAGUACAGACCAGAUGAGUACAGCCGCUUUGAGGCAAAAAUCCACGACCUGAGGGAACAGCUAAUGAACAGCAGCAUGGGCUCUGGAACGACAACUUUGAGGAGUAACCCAAAGAGAGGCUUCUAUAUCAGGGCUCUUUUUGACUAUGACAAGACGGCAGACUGUGGCUUCCUCAGCCAGGCUCUAAGUUUUAGGUUCGGAGACGUGCUGCAUGUGUUAGACUGUGGGGAUGAAGAGUGGUGGCAGGCUCGUAGGGUCAGCCCCCAGAACGAGGCCGAAGAAGUCGGCUUCAUUCCCAGCAAGCACAGAGUGGAAAGAAAAGACUGGUCCCGCGGGAACACCAAAGAGAGGGAUCAUGGUCGAGACAGCUUGAGCACUCAAGGGAGAGAUAAGAAAAUGUCACAAAGUUAUGAGACGGUCACUCAAGUGGAAGUGCAUUAUGCGAGGCCCAUUAUCAUUCUGGGUCCGGUGAAGGACAGGAUAAAUGACGACCUGUUGUCUGAGUUCCCCGAUAAGUUUGGAUCUUGCGUCCCUCAUACUACGAGGCCCAAAAGGGACUAUGAAGUGGAUGGGAGAGACUACCAUUUUGUGUCGUCACGGGAACAGAUGGAGAAAGAUAUCCAAAGCCAUAGAUUCAUAGAGGCUGGCCAGUACAACAGUCACCUGUACGGCACCAGCGUUCAGAGUGUCCGAGAGGUGGCUGAACAGCAGGGGAAACAUUGCAUCCUAGAUGUCUCUGCCAACGCCGUCCGCAGACUACAAGCAGCUCAGCUGCAUCCCAUUGCCAUCUUUGUCCGACCCAAAUCCCUGGAGAAUGUUCUAGAAAUCAACACUCGUCUGACAGAAGAGCAGGCCAGGAAAGGGAUGGAUCGAGCUCUCAAACUAGAACAAGACUUCCUGGAGUGUUUUACAGCUGUCGUGGAAGGGGACAGCUUUGAAGAGGUAUAUCACAAAGUAAAGACAGUGGUUGAGGAACAGUCGGGGCCUUACAUCUGGAUCCCAACCCGGGAAAGGCUGUGAUGCUGCCUCCGCCCCCCCAAAACGCCGCUCCCUCACAGCCACCGACACCGCCCGUCCCCUCCCUCACAGCCAAGCCAGCCUCGCCUGUCUGUCUGUCUGUCUGUCCUACGGCAACGUCAGAGCUUUGGCAAAUCACUGCAAAACUAAAAGGCCAACACAGGAAGCGACUCAGCGAGGCAAAGACAGAUACCAAAAAAAAGAAAAAAAAGACUCGGCGCAGAUGUGAACACAGUGAAAAGAUCUGAUCAGUAUUCCACAUAGAUGAAGCAGGACUGAACACUGAAGCCCUGAACACACUUAGCAUUAAAUGCACCUUUGAUACGA